AUGGGAACUUGCUGGCCUUUCAAACAUAUUGUUAUUAUAGUAUUUCUUGCUAUAUCAGUCUCAUUCCAAACAGCAAAUUCCGACCCUCAAACCAAAUUUUUAAUUCGUGGAUGCAGCCCGUACAAUGCUACUAAUGUCAGGGAUUUCUUCAACAAUCUUAAUGCCAGUUUUGCUGAUCUCAGAAACCAGAUAUCACAAGAGAAGAAGCAUUUUGCUGCAACAGAGCACCCUGUUUAUGCCCUGUUUCAAUGCAGGAAUUACCUUUUCAAUGAUGAUUGUCUUUCCUGUUACAACAUUGCUGUUUCACAGAUCAGAUAUUGCUCUGCUGCUACUGGAGCUCGGGUUCUGUUUGAUGGCUGCUUCUUAAGGUACGAGAGUGCGAUGUUCUACAGCGAGACCACUCCUCAAGAUGGAUACGGUGAGAUAUGCAGCAGUACCAAUGCAUCGCAGCCAACUAAUUUUCAAACUCAGGCUGGAGAUUUGUUACAAGAUCUUAAACUCGCGACGCCACGAAUGAAUGGAUUCUUUGCUGCAUCAAAGAGGCAACUGAGCAGUGAUGGAAGCUCAAAUAACACGAAAGCGAUCAUUGGUGGAGUUGUUGGUGGUGUUGGCCUUGCCCUACUUAUAUGGUAUCAACAAAACCGAAAACCAAACAAAGUUCAGAAAGUCCUUGAAAUAAUCAGUGGCAUUGGAUGCAAUACAAAAGUUGAGCCUCAUAGUGGAUACCUUCUUGAACAGGCGUGCAAACUAUACGAGGUGGACGUGCAUCUACAGUUGGUGGAUGAGACGUUGGACCCUAACGACUACGACGCCGAAGAAGUGAAGAAGGUCAUAGAUAUCGCCAUGGUCUGCACUCAAUCUCAACCUUCUAAGAGACCUACCAUGUCUGAGGUGGUGGUUCUGCUGUCAAGUGAUAUGUCGAUUGAGCAGCGCCGCCUUUCUUCAAAUAAUAGUAUGAUCGGAAUUGAUAGGAAGUUCUACAAAGAUACAUUGAUACCGGAAACCUUUGUACAAGGGGCGGGCUCGAAGGAGUUUCAUCGAGCCUUCUCAGACACCAUAAGCCAGUAUAAGCCAGACGUAAUGGCGGUACUGGAACCUAGAAUAGGUGGUAAAAGAGCGGAUGAUGUCGUUAAAAUUAGUGGUUUCGAUAGAUCCUUUCGAAUUGAAGCCCAAGGUUUUGCUGGUGGUAUUUGGAUUCUUUGGAGGGAUAGAGUUGAUGUCGAGAUUUUUAAAUGUCAUAAGCAAUUUUUGCAUACUGCCCUUAAGUGUGGAGAGGAACGGUUUUUCAUGACGUUUGUUUAUGCAAGCCCGAACGUUCAGAGGCGGCGGUCUUUGUGGCAUGAACUAGAGUCUUUGGCGGCGAGCGUGCAUGGUCCUUGGCUUCUGGGAGGGGACUUCAAUAGCCUUCUACGAAGUUCAGAGAAGCAGGGAGGAUCACAAAGGGUGCAGUGUGUGAAUGUGGGGUUUGCCGAGUGGUUCUUUAAUAAUAAUAUGUGUGAGCCAUGUACGGAUGGGUCGAAGUUCACUUGGUUUCGUCCAGAUGGUUUGUCUGAGAAACUGGACCGAUUUAUAGCCAACACAGAAUGGAUGGAUCAAUAUCAAGAAGCGCGGGUACAUCAUUUACCUCGUUUGCGGUCGGAUCACGUGCCGAUUAUGAUGCGCUGUAAGAAGUUUUCUCCUCAACUGCAUGGUUCGAAAGGUUUCCGGUUCCUUGUUCCUUGGCUUUUACGUGAUGGCUUUCGGAAACUGGUGGAUGAGUCUUGGGUGGAGGGGGUAACAUUCGAAGAGGCUAUUCUUUCUUUUGCGUCCAAAGCCAAAGAAUGGAACCAUAAUGUGUUUGGUAACAUCUUUCAAAGGAAGAAAAAGUUGAGAGCGAGGCUGGAGGGAGCUCAACGGAAUUUGCAAUAUUAUCAAACGGAGCGUCUUGUCCAACUUGAAAGAAGUCUGAGGGAGGAGUUGGAGGAGGUUCUUUUGCAGGAGGAACUUUUAAUGAUUCAGAAGUCACAAAGGGAUUGGUCUCUUUUUGGUGAUCGUAAUACGGCAUUUUAUCACCGUAAGGGAAUGGAUGAAAAUUUUGUUUUCCCCAAAGGUUCGGUAGUGCUUCGAGCCAUUAGUAGAGUUUGGUGUCAUGUGGUGAAGGGGAUUAGGUGGAGCGUUGGUGAUGGGAAGUCGAUCCGGUUCUGGUGGGAUAACUGGCUUCAUACGUCAGAGCCAUUGAUCAACUCAGCCACAGCAGUGGUACCGGCGGAACAAAUUAAUCUCACUCUUGAUUGUUUUGUCAUAGAGUUGGGACAAUGGAACUGGCAAUAUUUUCAACAUCUCCUACCUGCUACUUGUUUGCUAAGAAUUGCAGCUAUAAUGCCUCCAAGAUUGCAGGCGGGUUCUGAUGUUUCGUACUGGGGAUUCUCGGGGGAUGGCAAUUUUUCGACGAGCUCAGCGUAUGCUUCCCUCACGCCGACGGAGGUUGAAAGGAACAAUAAGCUGUGGAGGGUGAUAUGGAGUUGGACUGGACCGCAAAGAGUCCGCCAAUUUCUUUGGCUAGUCGCGAAAGAGGCUAUCCUGACAAAUUCACAACGCUGGAAUCGGCGCAUCGCUGAUUCACCAGCUUGUGAUUUGUGUGGAGGAGCUCUGGAGUCAACCAUGCAUGCGUUGCGGGACUGUCCAAAGGCUGCUAAUAUCUGGUCUCGGAUGGUGCCGGCAAAGCACAAGGGGCGGUUUUUUGGUUCCUCGUUAGAGGAUUGGCUCUGGAACAAUUUGACAAAUGCAUUUGGGAUGGAGGUAGCGAAUUGGGAAUGCACAUUUGGAGUUACAGCCUGGCAAAUAUGGGCACAACGGAAUGCUUUUAUCUUUGCUAAUACACCCUGUAAUGCAAGCAGGAAAAUUGAUGAUGUUCAUCGGCAUAUCCAGAGCGUUCUCUCUGCAGUAGCAUGGGAGAGAAGCCUGGGCGGCGUAGACCUUCUUGUUGAUCAAGGUCUUCAUGCUGCUGCUGAUGGACUUGCUGGAAUUGUUGCGUCGACCUCUUUCCAAGAUUGGUACAUCGUGAAGAGACGCCUUAGAUCUGGCGUUAAAAAGAUGGUCGAGGCGUAUAGUGGCUCGCCUGAAUGGAAGCCUGACUUUUUGUUUGUAAGGGCACCCAAGAACUAUUGCUUGUUGUGGAACCAUCGAGAAACGGAGGGUCUCGGAGCGAUAAAGGAUGAGUGGACCCAAGUAGACGAUGAGUGCAUCGAGGAGCUUGAUGCAGAUGUGAAGAAAAUCUUGGAAUAUACUAAGGUCAUGUCUUCAAGCAACGCUGGUUCUCUAUUGUUUGGUGACGAAGAUCCCUUUACUAUUGUGAAUUCAGAUGAGGAUGUAUCCGUCACCGCAGCCCUCGGGCAGAAGAAAAAGAAGAAGAGAGUCGUGAAGGCUGGCGAUAAGGUGAAGUACAAAAAAGCCAGGACGGAUGCGCCUCCAAAGGAGACCGUAGUACCAGUUGAGGAGACAGUGCCCCCUGCUACUGAGACCGUCAAGAAUCCUCUUCCAGAAACUGGGCCAAGUGUCGCCCCCCCUGGAUCAGAGAAAGGCAAGGGCCUUAUCGAGGGAGAGGCGAUUAUCCUGCCCCCUAACUGUUCAAAGGAGAUAAGUGCGGCCUGGAUGGCCUACCUGGUGCAGCUAAGGAAACUGCGAGAAGACCUGGUCACAGCUCGAUCUGAGAGGGACGAAGCUUUGUUCGAGGUGGUGACUCUCGAGGAAAAGGCCCGCCAAGUCCGAGCUAAGGAAGCUGAGAUUGCCUCGGUUCAAGCCAAGUAUGACGAGCUGGAUGAGAAGAUGAAGUCAUUUGCUAGCUUACACAUCUCGAAAGAGGAGUUGCACCAGUGGUGCGCUGCAUUUAUGUAUAAGAUGUUAUACACGGGAGGGAUGGCCGUAACACUCGAGGAGAUGAAUUUGGUUGCCACUAAGUGCGGGGCGCACCGGGAAGCUCUAUCUGGUGCUCUGGCCAAAAUGAGUUCUCCUGCAGACAUUGCGUCGUUUCCUGGUGACGUACCUGCCAUCCUUGCCAAGGGUCCGAGUGAAGAGGAUUCCAUACCUGAUGUACCAGAUGAGUACAUGGGUAUUGAGCUCGAGGAUGCUGAUGAAGCCACAGAGGAGGAUGUUGCUGACACCGGCCACUCCGGAGUGCAGAGAAAUGCUGAGGACGCAUCUCAGAACCCUUCCAAGGAUCACCCUCCUGGCAGUGAUGCUAUAUAA